GUUUUUUUAUGGUUUCUGCCUAUUCAAUAGGAACUGGGAAAAGAGAUAACCCCAUUAAAAAUGUUGUUCCAGCUCCUAACGCUUACUCCUUAAAUAAUCAUUCUACUUCUCCUCAUUGGACGUAUUAGAUUUUAUAUUUUUAGAAUAGGAGGCAAAGUUAGGAGGGAAAUAAGAAUAAAAUCAUGCACUCCUGGACCAGGAUAAUAUCCUUAAAAAUCUUUUAUAAAUGGAACACCCUGUUGUACUUUUAAGGGUAGACUCAAACAAAAAGUUAUAUCUUAAUCUCCUGGGCCAGGCAAUUACAAAGAAGAUUCAUUCUUUAACAUUCAAAAAAGAAUCCCGUCAUAUAGCAUUGGUGUAAAGAUUGAUAAAAGGAUCAAAAAUUUUGUACCAGGCCCUGGAACUUAUAAUUUGAGUUAGACUCAUCUAACAACGAAUUCUAGCAAAUUUCCUAUUGAAAAGAGAAUAAAAACUAUGGAUGAUGGAGCUAGUUCACCUGGACCAGGAUGUAUACUCUCAUUUUAUUUUAGAAUACGAUAUAGCAAACCUUAAUAAAUUUUCACUGCAUAAAUCAUAACCCUCAUGGGGAUUUGGAUCGAAAAACAAUUUUAAAUUGCAUUAAUCAUUGGAUAUAAGUUCCCCUGGUCCUGGAAUGUACGAAUUAAAAAGUACGUUAACACAACAUAGUUUUACAUUGAAGCCAAAAUUAAAGACAUAAGAAUGUGAUAGAUCAAUACCUGGACCAGGAAAAUACUCUCCUGAUGUUUCUUUUAUUAAAUCGACAUAACCUGUCUUCAAAAUAGGCAAGGAAUCUAGGAUUACUUAAUAAAAAGUUUCUCAAGGUCCUGGGCCUGGAAGAUAUUACUCAGAGUAAGCUGAAUAGUUAUUCUCAACUUAGAAAUUACGACGCCAGAAGUAAGAAAAGAUAGCCUUGUUACAGUUUAGGAAAAGCAAAUAGAAUUUCUAUGACUGACAACGAAUCUUAGUUUGUGCCAGGACCUGGGGCUUAUGAUAGCCCACCUUAAAAAUUAGGGAAUAUCACAAUCAAAGGAGCAAAAACUCAAAUGCGAUCCUAACAAAUACCAGGACCAGGUUUAUAAUUAAAUUUACAUUAGGAACUUAUAAUCCUAAAGACACAUUAUGUUGUUCUUAUGACGGCUCUGUUAAGUUUGUUAAAGAAUCGAAAUAAGUUAAAAUGCUAUCUACUGAAACCUUGCCAGGACCUGGGGAGUAUGAUUCUAAAAGUAUUUUAAUUGGACCUAGUUGGGGAUUUGGCAAAUAGAAUAACAGAAAACCCAUUUAUAAUAUUAAUAACAGUCCAGGUCCAGGAGCUUACAAUGUUCCAUCUAAAUUCGCUGAUGUUCCAAAAUAUUUAAAUUGUAAACCUAAAUUUUAAGUUUGA